AUGCGGAAAGUCGCGCUGAGCUGCCGCGCGGAUGCGUCUCCACCUCGUCGCACCGACUUGAAAGUGCAUCGGGAAUCGCACCCCAAAUCGAUCUUCGGCCGGCUCGGAGGGACGGAUGGCAUCCGCACGCUCUCAACCUUUCGCAGCAGCUGCAUCUUGCCUUCCGUCUUUCUCCAACGCCAUCUGCUGCAUUGCCUCCACCCAUCGCAGCUCUUUACCACACACACGCAAUUCCUCCACGCUCUUCGCCUUCUUUGCACAGGGCGCCAUCUCUUGCCCGAUAGGCUUCUUACCCUCAUCAUGCCGCCCAUGGACGCCAAAGCGCCGUCGCAGAAGCCGGCGGAGCCCAUCCUGUUCUCGUUCGCCGACGCGGACGAGCUGUCGCGCAACCUGGCCGAGUUUGUGAUCAAGGCGCAGAACGACGCCAUCGCACGUCGCAACAAGUUUACACUCGCCACGUCCGGCGGCUCGCUGCCCAAGAUGCUGGCCAAGUAUCUGGUGAACCGCGACGACAAUGCGUUGCGGUGGGACAAGUGGCAGAUCUUCUUCUGCGACGAACGUCUGGUGCCACUCGACCACGAGGAUUCCAACUACCACCUCUGCCACCAGGAGUUCUUCUCCAAGGUGCCCGAGCUCAAGCGCGACCAGAUCCACACCAUCGACGAGAGCCUGCUCGACGAUCCAGAAGAGCUGUCCGACGCAUACGAGAAGCAGCUCGUCGCCGCAUUUGCCGGAAAGGAGGCCGUGCGAAACCCCGUUUUCGACCUCAUCCUGCUGGGUAUGGGCCCCGACGGUCACACGUGCUCGCUCUUCCCCGGCCACGAGCUGCUGAGCGAACAGGACCGAUGGGUGGCUCCGAUUGAGGAUAGCCCCAAACCACCCGCCAAGCGCAUCACCUUCACCUACCCCGUGCUCAACCAUGCCCACCGCCUCGCCUUUGUGCUCGCAGGCGAGGGCAAGCAGGAGAUGCUCUCCAAGGUGCUCGACCAACCCCAACUCGGCCUGCCCGCAAGCAGAGUGCGUCCAUCCCCGCCUGGCGACAUCUACUUCUUCACCGACAACGCCGCUGCACACACCACCGCCUACGAACGCUCCGACUUUAAGCUCUGA